GUCUUUCUUGUGGCUCGCCCUGUGCACCUUGUGUACUUGCUGAGAAAUUUAUGCGUCUUUGGUUUUGCUGAACUCAGUUUUUCCGAGACCCUCUCUCCUCACAGGCUCAGUUUCGCUUUGCCAUCUGCAGUGGGCCUGUUUCCGUGGCAGAUCAGGCCACAUCUGCUUCCUGGAGGCCCUCUGGGCAGAAGCAUGCAGUGGGGCCUCCUGCUGCUCUGGGCCCAGGGGCUGAGGCAGGCUGCCGCCCUGGCUUCAGGAGCUGUGACAGGCAGAAUAAUAACCACAGGGAACAUCUCUGCAGAGGAAGGGGGCUCGGUCACCUUACAGUGUCACCUUUCCUUCACCACUGCCACAGUGACUCAGGUGGACUGGAAGCAGCAGGACCAAGUGCUGGCCGUUUACCACGCUCACCUGGGCUGGCACGUCCACCCAGCCCUCAGGGAGCGGGUGGCCCCCGGCCCCCACCUGGACCUCACUCUCGGGUCGCUGACCACCAACGACACAGGGGAGUACUCCUGCAUCUAUUACACCUUCCCCGAUGGCAUGUACAAAGGCAGACUCUUUCUGGAGGUCCUGCAAAGCUCAGGGCCUGAGCAACGCGCUGGCUUCCAGAUCCUAUUGCUUGGAGUCAUAUUGCUGGUGGUCAUCUGCACGGCGGUCAUAGCGGUGGUCGCGUUGACCAGGAAGAGGAAAUUUCUUCGAAUUCGUUCUGCGGGAAGCGGCCUCCGGAGAGCGCCACCCGAAUGGGAAGAACGGGGACCCAGCGACCUGUCGUCCCCCGGGAGCGGCGCGCAGGCCGGAGCGGGGCCCGGCGGGGACGACCCCGCGGAGCCGCACGACUACUUCAACGUCCUGAGCUACCGCAGCCUCGGGGACAUCAGCUUCCCGGCGGAGGCCGCGGUGUGUCGGGCGGGAGUUUAGGGUGCGCGCUCUCCUCACUGCCGCGCGUGUGUUCGGUGUGUGCGCUCCGUGCAGUGACUGAGUGAAUGUCGCCUUCGCCUUCGCCUGCAUUGCCGCCCCCCGUCCCUGGCAGACCAGGGCAGCGGCUCGGCUCGAUUACGAAUGCCACGUUUUAAAAAAUUGGACCCGGGUUUGUAUUCGGGCGGUUUGAGCCCCAACUGUGGCUCUGAGCGGUUCGUUGCAGCUCCUCGUGCCUCUGAGCAGGGGGUCAGGUGACGGGGUCAUUGUCAUUUUUGCCAACGUUCACACAUUCGAGGCAUGUCAUGAUUAAGGGGUGGGACCAGCUUCUGCGGGGAGAUUCUAGGAUGACCAAACCGUGGUCGUCAGUCCUAGAAGAACUCGCAGGCAAGUGGGGAGGGCACGGGGACGUGGAAGGGCCGCGGGAGACAAGGACAGGAGCCCCGGGCCUUGGGGAAGGCGCACCGUCUCCUCCCGGGAGGCGGUCUGGGCGGGCGUGUCCGUGGGGAGGUGGUCUGGGCGGAUGCAGGGGACAGCGAGGCUGGUCUGGUGAGGGCAGGACUUUUGUCCAAAGAACUCGUUUUGUCCAAGGAGCUGAAAGUCCCACAAGAAAGACCCUGGCACGAAGGGAAUCGAUGAGACUUCAGACUCUAUCUGGGCAGGCGGUUGCUCAGUGUGGGCGGAUGAGGGGGACUCCAGCUGAAGUCACCAGGUGGCAUCUCAGCUCUUGGGCAGUGAGCCCUCUUCUCUACCCCCCCACCACUGAGGUUCGAGGAAAUAAUCUGCUUUCCAGUAAAAGGAGAACCUAGAUUUUUAAAAUAAGGACUAUUUGUAGGGAAAAUACAUAGAAGGAGGGUGACAGAGAGGUUUUUAAAAAUGUACGCUCCCAAACUAUCUUCUCUGAACCCUUCAAUUCAGCCCUCAGGCCUUCGUGCUGGGGCCGGGGUGACAUUGGAGCCACUCUUUUCUGUCUAAGUGGUGUGAGGUUUUUACCCUCCUGCUGCCCCUCUCGAGAAAGGAGGAGGGAGGCUGGCUCAGAGGGGAGCAAUGCUCUCUGGUGGGCAAGGGGACCGAGAGAGAAUGGGAAGCAAGCUGCCUCUUGCCAACCGUUAAAAUGAAGCCUUGCCCUGCUCCCUGCAAAUUAGGCUGGUUGAGCAAGAAGACAAUUCAAUUCCUACUCCUCCUCGAAUUUUUGUUUUUAUAUUUCUCACUUAUCAACCAAAAAGAUCUGUGGGGAGGAGCAAUGGGCUGAAAUCUGUCCAGAGUGCAAGGUUUGGGGAAGAAAGAGAGAUAUGUGGGAAACGCUGCUAUUUGCCACAGCAGCGCCACAGCAUUUUUCUGGCAAAGCUGGUGCAAAUUGGUUGGGAGUAGAACACAAUUCACGGGCAAGAAAUGAACUAAGAUGUAACGGUGAAAAGGGAGUGGUGUUCUGAUCUGACGGAGAUGUGUUUCAGGCCUGGGUGGAAUGAGCUGGGUGUUAUUUAACAUUAUUGUACCUGGGAAACAUUUACAAAUACCCUUUGGAGUCGAUAAAAAUACAAAAGGACCCAUGGAUGCUGUAAGUUGGUCAGGUAACUAAAAUGCGAUUGAAUUCAACAGAGAAUACAUUUUAGAGUGGAAUUCAAUGGACAGAUUCUCCUCGGAGAACCAGUGGAGACAAAGCGGCAGCAGCCCGGUUCAGGGGUGGCGCGCGGUUCGGUCCAGCAGCCGCUCUCUGCCGGCAGCUACGAGCACGAGAGACGAGGUUGGUCUGUGUGGAGCUGCGCGUUGCUCCAAGGGUGAAACACACACCAGAUUUUGAAGACUUACUAUGAAUAAUAAUAAGAAUGUAAAGUAUCACAUUAGUAACUUAAAAUGUUGAUCACAUGUCAAACUGAAAAUGUUUUGGAUAUG